AUGGAAUUAGUUUUGUAAGUUAUUAGUUAGGUCUUAAUUUCUUCACUACUAAUUUCAUUAUUGCUUACUUUGAACUCUUAGCUUUUGCUACUUUAGGUAAUAUAUCUACAUAUUUUUAGAUUUUUUUUUACAAAAUUGAAAAGAAAAACAAAUAUUCUAAGUGGGUUCUUUAUUGUAGGAUUUAUGAGCUUAUUUUUCCUUUUCUAAAGUGAUCACAUAGUAUUUCGAAUCUUCGAAGGUAAUUUGGCAGGAGUAUAUUUAAUAUAUUAUUAUAAUAGUUAAUGAGAUUUCUAAUAUGAGCAGUUUGGGCUUUGGGUUAUAUUUAUGUGACUGAACGAUUUCCUUCUGUUGUUAGAUCUUUAGCCUUAUGUUUAAUAUCAGCAGGCGGAUCUUUUGGCAGUAUAGCUUAAGCAUUUUUAAGUAAUUUAUGCUCAUCUCUUAAUGUUCAUUCUAUGGUUGCUUUUGGGAUCAUUAGUGUUUUAUGUGCUUUACUAUUGUUUCCAUUAAGAGAAACUUUACAUUAACCUUUGAGAGAAAAAAUCGAAGAAGACUAAACUCGUAUUAGAUCAAGUAUGCUUCAUAUAUACGAUUAAGAACAAAUUUCAUCACCCUUACAUGAUACAUGA